CGAUUAUCGUUUCGUGUGAUCAGAAGAUUGGGUCUGAUUGGUUGUAACAGAGGGGAUCCGAUGAUUCUUAGUUUGAUCCUGCUCGCACGAGAGCUUAACACCUUCUCUUGAUUAUGUUUUUCUCAAGAGAAAAAAUUGAUCACUUAACUUGUUAGCCAAACCUCUAAUCUUUAUUUUCGAUCUUUCGUCGAAAGAGCUUCCAGAUAAGAAUAUCAAAGUUUGAGAUCAGUGUUCGUAUGCCUACACACAGAAAAGAAAAGGCUUCAGUUUCGAUUUGUGACAACUGUUUGCUAAAAUUUGAUUGAGGGUCCUUCAAUUGUCCUUUAAUACAUACUUUUAGCAUUCUGAAGUUAGUUUCCAAAAAGAUAAAAAGGCCUGGGAAUGCUGAAAGAUGUACCUCAUCGUUCCAAACUCUAUCUUUGAAGUUCAUGAGCUUACAGCUUUUCGAGGCCUGACCUUUCUCGUCUUUGAUGAGAUUGGAGCUAUUGAUCAUGGUUCACUAACCCUCCAAGCACAGAAGCAGGACAGGCCUGUAAGUUUUUCUAGAGUGCCUUAUCUGGUAAUGCAUGAUCUUUGUGGAGACGGUUGAGCUCAUUCUAUUACCAAUAUCUCCUGCUCUGUAAAUUACGUAACUUGUGCUUGCGGGGGUUAGUUGAUAGCUCUUUAUAUUAGGUUUAGCUUGGAAUGGAAAAUAAACCGAGUGUGUUGACACAAAGAUAUGAAAUUGGGAGGUUACUAGGCCAAGGUACCUUUGCAAAGGUUUACUAUGCAAGGAGCAUCAGAACCAACCAGAGUGUGGCCAUCAAAGUGAUAGACAAAGAAAAGAUCCUGAGGGGUGGGUUGAUUAAUCAGAUCAAGCGAGAGAUUUCUGUGAUGAGAAUUGCUAGGCACCCUAAUAUUGUGCAGCUUUAUGAGGUAAUGGCCACCAAAACUAAGAUUUACUUUGUUCUGGAAUAUUGCAAAGGUGGAGAGCUCUUUAACAAGGUUUCCAAGGGAAGACUAAAAGAGAAUGUUGCAAGAAAGUAUUUUAUACAGCUGAUCAAUGCGGUUGAUUUUUGCCACAGUAGGGGUGUUUAUCACCGGGAUAUAAAGCCAGAGAACCUAUUAUUGGAUGACAAUGAGAAUCUAAAGGUCUCUGACUUUGGGUUAAGUGCCCUAGCAGAAUGCAAGCACCAAGAUGGCCUGCUUCACACUACUUGUGGUACCCCUGCGUAUGUUGCUCCUGAAGUGAUCAACAGAAAAGGUUAUGAUGGAGCAGCAGCUGAUAUUUGGUCUUGUGGUGUGGUUUUAUAUGUCUUAUUGACAGGUUAUCUCCCAUUUCAUGAUUCAAAUUUGAUGGAGAUGUACAGAAAAAUUGGCAGAGCAGAGUUUAGAUAUCCUAGCUGGUUCCCUCCAGAAGCACGCAGGCUGGUGUCUAAGAUGUUGGAUCCAAACCCCAGUACUAGGAUUUCAAUGUCUAAGAUUAGGGGAAGUUCUUGGUUUAAGAAAGGACUGAAUGCCGAACAAAAAAAACCUGAAACUGAAAACGGGCAAGUUUCUGUGGAUAUGGGUGCCUCUGGUCCUUGUGGGACUAGCAAUGUUGAUGCUGAGACUAAACAAGAAUCAGUUCAACCUCCAAACAUAAAUGCUUUUGAUAUCAUCUCCCUCUCCGCUGGGUUUGAUCUGUCAGGAUUGUUUGAGGGAAUGUCUCAAAAGAGAGAAACAAGAUUUACAUCUAGACAACCUGCCUCAGUCAUCAUCUCUAAGCUGGAAGAAGCUGCUAGACGUUUGAGAUUAAAGGUGAAAAAGAAGGAUGCAGGUCUGCUGAAAAUGGAAGGGCUAAAGGAGGGUAGAAAGGGGAUCUUGUCCGUUGAUGCGGAGAUCUUUCAAGUGACUCCAACUUUUCAUUUGGUGGAAAUUAAGAAAUCUAAUGGAGAUACAUUGGAAUAUCAGAAGAUAUUGAAAGAAGAAAUGAGGCCUGCUCUCCAAGAUAUUGUUUGGGUUUGGCAGGGUGAUCAACAACAGCCGUUGCAGCAGCAGGAGCUACAACAAGAGGAACAGCAGCAGCUUCAACAACAGAAUGAUUCUAGCACUACCUCGGGCAGCAGCUUGGACAACCGUUCUUAAAUUGCCAAUUUAUCAUGAUUUCGUAUGUUUGUACAUUGCCAUAGUACACUUGUUUUUAGCUCCAGUUUUGUUCUUCCUGUGAGUGUAUUACACCGGUUUCAGUAAAAUUAGUGUUUUUUUAGCAAACGCAACUGAUGGCUGACUACCAUUUUACAUCGCACUAUUUGUACAACA